GUAAACAAAGCAUUAUCAGUUAAACUGGUUAAAAAUUGCGUCCAAAAAGUAUCAAUCCCAUCAAUCCUUUAAAAAUCCUUCAAUUUCUUUAACAGCUUUAAUCCAAUAAAACAUCAUUGAAAAUAAGUUGAACAAAACGUCUUCCAUGCCAUGGAUUCUACGCAGCGAAAACCCGUACCCAACCGCAAACCCACCCUGAAACCGGCCAAGGUGAAGCUGAGCUUCAAGAAGAACGAAAUCCGCCAAUGUCGACUCUGUCUGCGGGUGCUUCCCAAGGCGGAAACCAUGCCGACGAGAACCGGAGCGCAACCCGACCUUCGCCGCAAGAUUCUGGACGCCGUCGGGGUUCGGAUUACGUCGAUGUGCAAAAUUCAGUGCGUGUGCGUCAACUGCUUGCUGAUCGUGGACAUAAUUUAUCAAUUUCGGGCAGCCUGUCGGCAGGCGGACACCCUGCACGGAACGCACCUUCUGAUGAUGCAUCCUGGAAAAUGGCUGGGGGAGGAAAAUAAGAGGAUACUGGACGACUGCCGGAAACUUGUGCAACGGAACCGGGCCGAGAUGCAAGGACUGUUCAAAUGUUCCGGCUUGGCCGGGGGAGAUGUUCACUUGUUGACCGAAGGGAACGAGGUCCUGAUAGAGGAGGCGAAACCAGAACCGCCAACGACGAAUAGGAAUGAAGUGCUGCUGGAGGCGAAGAAGGAGGAGGAACACCGGGAAGAGUCUCAGCAGAUGGAGCACGACAUAAGCGACAGUGAUCCGGAACAGACCGAACGCUGUGCCCAAAUGCUAGAUGCCCCGGUUAUCUUCCCUCGAACUAAACAGCCCAGAAGAGGCAUCAAGGAUCACAUGUGCGAACUUUGCGGCAAAACGAUGCAGAAAUCGUUCGCCGAAACUCAUCACAACAAAAUCCACAUGCGCUCGAAUCCGUACAAAUGUCCGGAAGCGGACUGCAAGAAAAGGUUCCCGUCGAAAAUCUAUCUCAACAGUCACCUGAAGAAGGCCCACUCGAAUCAAGCCCAGGAAGUGGAAUCGUUUGAGUGUCCCACUUGCUCGAAGUGGAUCAGGCAUAGGAAACAGUUCAGGUACCAUCUGCUGACUCAUGCCGCGGAUGUCCAUCCGCAGAAGAAAGCGUGCGAGGUUUGUGGGAAGUAUGUUUACAAGCGAUACCUCAAGGACCAUAUGUUCGUCCACACGGGAGAGCUGCCAUACAGUUGCGAAUUUUGCGACCGGAAGUACGCAGCGCGAACCAAUUUGAUAAUUCAUCGGAAGAAAAAACACGCAGACCAGCUGCAAGUGCUGGAGGAGGACUCCCAAUGAAUGUUUUGUUAUAAAAUUAACUGAAUGAGAGAUUAAAAAAGCCUAAGUUGAAGUUUACAUAAA